AUGUUGCGGCUUCGACUAACUCAUUAUUCGCGUUGCUCAUACUUCACGAGUUCUUUCAGUUAUAUUAGCAAAGAACUGUUCCAUCCUGAUCAUUUGCACGUAAAAGCGAUAACAAAUCUACUUAUUGGUGUUCAUGAUAAUCUAGGAUUGCCAUGGGGACUGACAAUUGCAACCACUGCCAUCCUAGUACGAACAGUUGUAGCCGUUCCAUUGUAUAUCUACGCUGAGAGGAACCAAGCUAAAGUUUCACAUAUUGCCAUUGAAUGUCAACAAAACCGACAGAUGAUGCAAGCGAAACUUAGUAAUUCUAAGUGUUAUCGUAAUUUGAGUAAUAAGAGAAAAUUAGUGCUUGAAAAUCAACUGUUCAGACGUGUCUUCAUUGAAACAUGCGAAAAAAAUGGAUGUCACCCAUUGAAAUCGUCAGUUACAGGAAUAAUCCAAAUCCCAUUGUGGCUCACAUUCACAUUCUCUAUCAGAUACUUGAGUGGAUUCCAACUGUAUCCGCAAUCCGACUCCAAUAAUCUGAUUGCCGAUCCGUCUCUCAACGUUCCGUGCUCAAGUUUCCUGCUUCCCUCCAUAUGUACGUUAGCCGGAUUGGCAAAUGUAGAACUGGCGUGUUUAAGACGACCUCUGUUCUUCAAUCCGAAAUCUAAUUCUGUAAUACCAGAUCCUUUACCUUAUAAUGCUGUGCGGUUUGUUGGUUGGGUUGGAAAUCUCGCUCUUUUCGCGUGUUGCAGCUUUUUUCCAAAAGCAUUUGUGAUUUAUUGGUGUACAUCUUCAAUUCACCAACUAUGUAUACAUCUUUUGAUAAUGCACCCUUGUUUACGAAGACUGCUUGGUUUAUGGACCAUACCCCAUGAAGGACAUUAUCCGUAUAAAGUUCUACUUAACUCGAUGUAUCAUCGCUAUAACAUAUCAAAAUGGUUGCGAAAUAAAAAGUCAUAAGUAAUGAUUA